AUGGAAGCAUCAAAAGUCAUCGACACUCUUAUUGCCACAUCCACCCAUCUAAACAUAGAUGAACCUGGUUUCCCUGUAAAUCAAACCAUGUAUAAAGGGAUCAUAGGGUCGCUCCUGUAUCUCACUGCAAUCACACCAGACAUUAUUUUCAACGUGAGUUUCUGUGUAAGGUUUCAAUCCAAUAAAAAGGAAUCUCAUCUGAAGGUUACCAAGAGAAUACUGAGAUAUCUCAAAGGAACACAGGACAUGGUCCUUUAUUAUCCCUUAGGUGACAGCUUUGAUCUUAUUGGAUAUGCUGACGCUAAUUAUGUAGGAUAUAUGGUUGACAAGAAAAGCACUUAUGGAAUGGCACAUUUCCUGGGCUCCUACUUAAUCUCAUGGGGUACAAGGAAGCAGAACUCUGUGGCACUCUCAACAACAAAAGCUAAAUAUGUAGCAGCUGCCUCUUAUUGUGCUCAACUUCUGUGGAUCAAGCAAUAG